CAACGCUGGUGCUUGGCGUAUGCGGCAGGGAUUGGCUGACAGCAGCAGGGUGUCCAGCUCUGCAGCGUGCUUUCAGGCCUGCAGAAAAAAGAUCCGCAGCCGCGCUGUGCGUGUUGUCCGCAGUUUUUCAAAACCUCAUAAAGUGUUUUUGGGAGAAGACCCUCCACCAUGUCCAUGUUCUCGGUCGUCGCGAAGCAAAUCAAGACCCACCCAUCUCUGAUCCCCCUCUUCAUCUUCAUCGGUGGUGGAGCAACGAUGAGCAUGUUGUACUUGGCCAGACUGGCUGUGAAGAAUCCUGACGUUUCGUGGGAUCGCAAAAACAACCCAGAGCCCUGGAACAAGCUGGAGUACAAUCAGCAGUACAAAUUUUUCAAAGUGAACAUGGAUUACUCCAAACUGAAGAAGGACCGGCCAGAUUUCUAAGUCGGAGUCAUCACAGCCAUGUGUGGAGCUUAUGCACUUUCUUGCCAAACGCAGACACCUGUAAUGUUGGUCAUUUAACAUUAAUGAGUAGGAAAGGGGAAAGGGAUCAUAAACCUAUAGAAGUUUGAAUAAAAACAGGCUACCACUUGUUUCCUAUUGAUGAAUUCAGUUUUUUUUUUUUGCUCUGAUGUGUUGUAUAUUAUUAAAACAGUCAAAAUUCU